CAUGUUGACUGGGCCGUUUUUCGAGCCUAACCCGGAGCCCAAACCACCGGCACCGAACCCCUGGCAGCCACCGUGUCAGUUCAACUCCACACGCGGUAUGUUGCCGAUUGGAUCCAACAACAAGACGCAUGGUCCUCUGGUCGAGCAGGCGGAGCCAUUACUCGGCCAUCACCAGGGCAUCGUCAUGCCGAAUAUCAGCCGGUUGAUGACGGAGCCGGUCCGCCUGGUGGUCGCGGACCCGCUCUUUCCCGCCCUAGCGGUGGAAGCAGCACCACCACUCAUGGCACCAGCUCGACCUAGCAGCGUCGUGUUUAACAGCAGCCUCUUGACGAUGAAGGCCGUCCGUCCAGAAAUAUUGGACAUGCCCUUCCUGCCUCCAUCAGCACUACCACCGAUAUCUCAAACUGCAGCAUCACGUCCACCGCUUCGUCACAUACUUCCAAGCCGGAUGUCACUCGUCAUUAAAGUGCUCUGUUCUAGUGUUGGUGUCUACUUCAUCAGCGACCUGAUGGUCGUCCUGUCUGCCGUCCUUUCCACCUUCGGCGGCAUGACUCGGAAGAUUAAGGCGGCCUUCUCCUGCCUGAAGGAUUGGAUCUUUGCCAAGAUAAAGAUGAUCCAGUGGCUGCAUCUGAGACCUCAUCCAUCCAACUUAGAGGUCGUACUGGUUGAGCCAUCUCAGCUCCCAGGAAAUCCGGAGGAAGACGACAGUAAUACGACAGAGCCUGAAGUGACUAAUUCACGCCCAAUAGAAGGGAGAGUGACGGUGAUUUUCCCAGCUCCUCGGCGGCUUGUUAACUCGGAACCACAAGAAGACAAAGAGGAAGGCAAAGAGGAGGACAAAGUGGAAGACAAACUGGAAGAUAAAGAGGAACAGAACCCCUUGCCUCCAGACCCUCAAGAGAAAGACAGCGCCGAUAAAUCUGACUCUGACGACACCACGGAGGUUCUCGUACUCAAAGUGAAAAAUGGUCUGAUGGGCAGAGUUAUUGGCAAAAAGGGCUGCAUCGUGAAAACCAUGAAGAGAGACCUGAACCUGUGCAUCAUGUAUGGCAAUCUGGAUGUGGGAUGUUCCUUCUUCCGUGUGGAAGGACCAUCCUCUGGCGUUAAUGCGGCCAAGACUAUGAUCUUCCAGCGAGUAAAGUCGGGUCUGGAAGAAAUUGACCCAAUGGAGAUAGCACACCGUGUAUCGCAAGAACGCAUCAUCAGCGUUCAGUACACGUACUCCAGAUGUCACCACGGACGGGUUGUGGGCAAAGACGCACGAUGUCUCAAAGGAUUUCGAGCGAUGGGUGUCAAAACCAUGACUAACACAGUCGGGGAACUGAACCACCUAGAGCUGACAGGAAAUGCAACCAAUGUCAGAGAGGUGCAGCUGUGGAUCAUGGAGAACAUGGACACGCCCUUGUUCGCCACCAUUCCCGAUCUGAUUGAGGCACCGAAGGCUCAGGCUGAGGACGAUGAGGGCGCCUCUGCCUCGGCUGCAGCUGGACCCGAGUGA